AUGUACAAGCCGGACUUCAGCUAUACGCAUAAAAGAACGAGAGCUCGGACUCGUGCUCGCGGCGGUCGUGGUGACGGAGGUGGCAUGCGCAACGUUGAACUGACAUGUUUAGCACCUCCACCAACCCGCCGCCGCGGCUCCGGCUGCGGCCAAUCCUGUUGCCGGUUCCUGUUGCCGGUUCCUGUUGCCGAUGCUGUUGCUGAUGCUGUCGCUGAUCCUGUUACUGGUCCUGUCGCUGGUACUGUUGCUGGUCCUGUUGCUGCAACCCCUCCUGUGAAUACUGCUGCUACUACGAGCAUUUCCACUCCUGUCCCAGAGAACCCUGCUUUUGUUACAGAGUCUCCUUCUACCAGCGUUGAGACCGUCGAUACCUCUGCCAUGUUGACAAACCGCAUAAACCUGAGGUUGAAUCAGUCUGGGUGA